GGCUUUGUCGUAGGGAUCCCUAUGGUAUCCUAUUGCGAUGACGGCGAUUGGAGUAACACGUGCGGCAAACUUGUUGAUAAGAUACUGUUAAAACGCCACUGCUCCCACCAACAGCGGUCAUUUGAUUCCAAAAGCUCGCAGUGGACACACUUAUUUCAAACACCGCCCCUCCCCACACUUACCUAUCUCAUGAAGAUACAUAUCUCAUAGGAUUCUGGUGUUAAGUCACUUACCUAGAAACUUCGUGAAACCAACGGGCUUAUUUUUGUGUUUCUUCACGCAGUUUUUGUUUCUGAUCGCCGGAUUUUUAAUUCUCCUCCGCGUUGGAACAACGAUGCAGCAUUUCGGAGGUUACAACCCCGCAGCUCUCGGCGCCAUGUACAGCAUGCACCAACAGGCGUUACAGAUGCAAGCUGGUUAUCGCCCGUCCACACACGCUCUCUCUCUCGCCGAAAGGCUUGCAGCAGACAUCAUACUGGAAGCUCGUUACGGGGCCCAUCGAAAGCAACGGCGCAGUCGCACAGCAUUCACCAAUCAGCAACUAGCUGCUCUCGAGAAGACUUUCGCUAAGACGCAUUACCCGGAUGUAGUUAUGAGAGAAAGACUCGCUAUGUGUACCAAUUUGCCUGAAGCCAGAAUACAGGUAUGGUUCAAGAAUCGUCGCGCUAAGUUCAGGAAGCAACAACGCAACAAGUCCAUCAACGACUGCGACGACGACAACCAAAGCAACCCUGACAAGACCGAGGAGAAAUCCAUGACACCAGAAACCUCGAAUUUGGUCGACGAUGAACUGGACAACGGUUGCCGCAGGCACCCGACGACGGACUUUGGUCGCGAGCAUUUUCAUCCGGCGAUGAUUUCCCCGAGGUCCGACGGCGUUCUGUCACGCGAAUGCGACGUCGAUGUCGACGGCAGCGAUAAGGACGAUGAGGAUGAGGAGGAAGAGGAAGCGGUGGACGUUCGUGGUGCCGUUCUUUCGAGGGAUAUUGGAAAGUUUCGGGAAGAAGAGGAACGGAUAGCGCGGUUAUCGAAACCGGAUGAAGAUGAAGUCGAUCGGACUUCGGUUUGUAGCGGAUCCCAGGAGAAAGAUGGUGACUCGUUCUCUGCAUCAUCCCCGAGGUCAACCUCUCAAGAAAAACAAGGGGACAAGUACGACCCAACUUCAUCAUCGGGUAUCGAGACCAUAAACACGAAGUCCUCGUUGAACCUUCCUGCGUUCCGGCCUCCUUUUCUUGACGUCGGCACCGCAGGGUUUUUCCCUCGGACCACUUUCGGCGCUCCACUCGGCUACUUGCCCGGAUUCGAGAGACACCCUUCGAUGCUCCCUGCCUUCUUCAGCGCGCACCAUCUCCCCUCAGCCUUAAACUGGCCUUCGGGACCAUCCAUGUUGCAUUCCGCUGUCUCCUCACCGGUCGUUGGGCCCAAUGUCCACGCAAGUAGCAUCGAAAGUCUACGCAUGCGCGCUAAGCAGCACGCAGCUGCUCUCGGAGUGAACAUGAGUGACUAAAUCUCGUCAUUCAAGAGAAGACUUUAAACUAUGCUAUUCUCUGGACAACAUUAAUUGGUUAAUGAUCUCAAUUAGAAGACAGAAGAACUAUUUAUAGAUGAAAUUAUAUUGUUCAAUGAACGCUAGCCACAUGAUGUGUUUUAUUUUAUUGACUUUUCUUGUUUAACUUUGGAAAUAUCUUUCUAUGCAGAUAUUGCAUAAUGCUGUUAUACUUCGCCCUGAUAUUGGACAAAAUGUUUCAGAGUUUAAGAGCAAAUACUUGUACCUUAUUCUUCGUCCAUUUAUGAUAGACUAGUCAUUUCUCACUAAAGUGCAAAUAGCCCCACAGUCUUUAAAUUUUGUAGGAUUUUGAUUUCCUAGAAUCCGUAUUUUGAAAUGUUUAUCUCAUGAAUAUAUAACUGUAAACCGUAUUCAACCAUGGGCUACUUUGUCCGAUGGUGAGAAAUUAUUAGAAGUACUUAUUUGAAUGCCAAAGAUAUAAGCGUGCUUGUUAUUAUAGCCAGCUCUGGUAAAGCCUUUGAAUUUACACAUACAUUUUGCUUUAGACAGAAUAUUAUGAAAUUUGGUAGAUUUUUUUUAUUCGCUUUGUUUUGAUAGCCCUUAACCAAUCACUUUCAUAAAUCAGUAGGCCUUUUAGUUUUGAAUUAGACUUGCUGAUCAAUAUGGGUUUUGUUAUCAAGUUUAAAUUUUACCUUACACAUUCAUAGGAAAACGACCCAAAUCAUUUUUUUUACAUCCUUUUAAAAAUAAGUGAUAAGAGGGAUGAAAAUAUUAACCGUCAAAUGAAUACGGCAAUGUCAGUAAAAGAGCCUUUGAUAUGAUUAUGCUCAAAGUUCUCGGAAAACAUUUUUUUUCAGUGAAAUUAGCGUACUCGUUACAAAGGCUCACCUGACCAAUGUAUAUCAAUUCAGUAACGUGUUGAUAUUUUCUUAUCUAUUAUUUGCAUUUUGUUGUUUGUUAUUUGUUAUUUAUUAAUGAGACUGUCUUGAAAGCUACAAUAUUCAAGGAAAGAUGUGUUAUCAUCGUUCUUAUGUGAGAACUGAUAUAAUGACAAUGAUAUUGGAUUGGUACCUCAGUUACAUCGGCAAAAUGGCAUUGCAUCAUAAAUUCCAUUAGGCUCCCGCAACUCAACUGUUCUCCAAUCGACUCCUAGUUUGAAAUAGCGUUUCUGAUUGGUCAACGUCCAUCCUGUUGAGCAAUUUCUGCAUGCAACAGAGGUUGUGAUUGGUCAUUGACACUAUUCAAUCAUUUACAGCUUUGUGAGGC